AUGAAAAUUAUUCGAACAUUUUGCUAAGCCAAAUAAUUGUUGCUAAAUGAUAAAUUAAAACUCACAAAAUACUUAAAAUUAGUCUAACAAACACCUGUCUCCUAUGAAGGUGUAAGAAAAGCACUUGGAUAUGAUGUUAUUCUGAACAAUUUGAAAUUUGAAGAAAAUCAAUCAGACAUUUUUCCAUUAACAUUAAAACUAAUUAAAAGAGAUAUAUCUUUAUUUGAUUUCAAGGAAUUCACAACUUAUUUAUCAACAAUUAAUAAUUACAUAUGCUUUUCAAAAUCUCCAUAUCCUUAAAAUGAACAAGAAUUUUAGGAUGCCUUGAGAAUCAUUCUUGAUCAUGGUACUUAUAUUUAAAAGUUUUUGACACUAUAACAUAUAGUGAUAUAUUUUGAUUCAAGAAUUACUCUCUAUUGUUAAUUGGCAACAUAACUAAAGGAUGCUUUGAGAGAUCAUUAACCUAAAAAUACAGAGGAAAAAAUAUUAAANGUGUUGGAACCAACAUAAUUGAAGCAAUAUCUUAAGCUUUAGAUAAACCAUUACUGAAAAAAGAAAUUUAAGGCAAACCAAAAAUCACCAAUUUGGCUUAUCAAUGUAAUGAUGAAGAAAAAGAAGGAGAUGAAGUGGAGGAUCUCUUUUUAAUAUUAAAAGAGGCAAUAACACUUUAUCCUGAUAUAAAAGGAGUCAGUUCUGGAGCCAUAGCCUCAACAUAUUAAAAGAUAAGGGUAGAAAAUUGGUAUUCCAUAAUUUAUAAAUGAUUUAGUUGUUAAAGAUUAGGGCUUGUCUCUAUGGCUUAUCUAUGGAACCAAGAUUAAUUUACUUUAUUAGAUUAAAUGUUGUAGAACAACAUGAAAAUCAUUUUAAUUAAAGUGGCAGCUUUGGGUUUGACAUAAAAACAUCUUGGAAAAUCCAUCUAAGAUUUGUAUGAGCAUUUUAAAGAAAUUGUAACUUGAUUUUAAUCCUUUAUUAGCAUGAGAAAUAUGGAUUCCAUCCUUGUGGAGAAGGAGGAGAAUUCGAGAGUUUUGUUUUAGAUUGUCCAUUAUAUAAAAAAAGAAUAUAAAUGUAGUUAAUUUAACUUUAUAUUUAGUAAUGAGAGUGAGAUUAUUUGUCAUGAAAAUAAUUCUGUUGCUCCUGUGUAUUAUCUAUUAAUAAAAAGUUAUUCAUUAAUUGAGAAAGAUUGA